ACACAUCGCUAAGGAAUUUGGAGGCUGGCCUUACUGCUUGACUUGACACAAUCCAUAGAUCCUCCGAUAUUUGGUGAAUAACCCUUUAACACUCCACUGUUGUGGCCGGAUAUAAAGCUAGGGCCAGAGCCGAGAGGGGUUUAACUCACGGCGGUAUAUAAGACGUCUACGUCGAAUCCUCCCUUGGUCUCUGAAAAAAUGACUUCACUCGCUCAAGCUUUGUCUUAUCCCAAACCCAGCCACGCGGAGUCUCUGAACUGCCCCCCCAACGCGAUGCCAAAACGGAUCCUGCGUGAAAAUUGCGGAGAUCAUUGGGUACUGGUCAUCAACACCGGAGGAACCAUCGGAAUGAAGAGUCAUGACGGGGGCCUCAAACCGGAGCCCAAUGCGUUUGUGAAGGAGUUGCGAGAGAUGAAUAUCUUCCACGAUGCAGAAUAUGCCAAGGAAAAGGGAUACGACCGCCAUGAAAACACACUGGUCCUGCCGUCAUAUAGCAAGAACGAUCAACGGGUUGUGUACUACAUUCUAGAGUACAACCCCUUACUGGAUUCCUCCAACAUGACAAUCAAGGACUGGGAGAAAAUCGGGAAGGACAUCGAGAAAAACUACGAGCGCUACGAUGGCUUCGUGAUCCUCCACGGCACGGACACCAUGGCGUACACGUCCUCCGCCCUGUCCUUCAUGUGUGACCACCUGGGCAAGCCCGUCAUCCUCACUGGCUCCCAGGUGCCAAUUUAUGACCUGUGGAACGAUGGCAGGGACAACCUGCUGGGGGCGCUGCUGCUCGCUGGUCUGUUUGACAUUCCGGAGGUAUGCCUGUACUUCCGCAACAAACUGUACAGGGGAAACCGCGUCACCAAAGUGGACGCUGGGAGUUUCGAUGGCUUCGCCUCCCCUAACCUGCCCCCCCUGGCCAUGAUGGACGUGGAUGUAACGGUCUACUGGGACAGGCUGUGGAGAGACAAGACCUACACCAAGUUCUGCGUGAGCACAGAGCUGAACUGCAACGUGGGCCUGCUGAGGCUGUUCCCUGGCAUCACCACGGAAACCGUGAGGUCGUUCCUGCAGCGCCCCAUAGUGGGCGUGGUCCUGGAGACCUACGGCGCCGGGAACGCCCCCGACAACCGCCCCGACCUCCUGGCUGCGCUGAAGGAGGCCACCGACCGCGGCGUGAUCAUCAUCAACACCACCCAGUGUCUGAAGGGCACCGUGUCCAAGAUCUACGCCACGGGCGAGGUCCUGUAUGAAGCGGGGCUGCUGCCCGGUAGGGACAUGACCCCCGAGGCGGUCCUCACCAAGCUGUCUCACGUGUUGGCCAUUGAAGGGCUGGACCUGCAGACCAAAAAGAUGAUGAUGGUAGAGAACCUGCGAGGGGAGAUGAGUGCAGACCUGGGAGCCAAGCGCAACCUGAGUGACAGCCGCUUCAUCCAGGUCAUCACCAAGUCGCUCAGCAUCAGCUGCAAGAAGGAGCUGAAAGCAAUACGUGAUGCCCUGGGCCCCCCGCUGGCCUGCGCCGCCGCCAAGAUCGGAGACGUGGAGGCCCUGGAAUCCAUCCGGGAAAUGGGGAGUAUCCUGAGUCUGGGCGACUUCGACGGACGCACACCGCUGCACGUCGCUGCGAGUGAGGGCCACCUGAAGGUGGUCCAGUACCUCCUGGAGCACGGGUCCACCAUCCACGGCCGGGAUCGCCACGGCGACACACCCCUGUCCAACGCAGUGCUCUUCAGACGCAAAGACACCGUGAGGCUCCUGCGGAAGGCCGGAGCCCACCUGUCCCGAGAGCAGCUGGCCGUCUCGGGCACAGAGCUGUGCAGCCUUGCGGCUCACGGAGACCUGGACGGUCUGCAGAUCUGGCACGUAGCCGGGGCCGAUCUGAACGCCCCCGGGUACGACGGACAGACAGCCCUGUCGGUGGCCAAGGGGGCUGGCAAGUUGGAGGCCGUUGCGCUGCUUAAUCGCCUCCUGAGUGCCAAGGAUCAGGACAAACUGGGUGAUGAGUAGGAUGAUGAUAAUGUUGGUGACAGGGGUGAGAGUGGGAUCAAGCCCAGCGCCCCCCCGGUGGGAUGCUAGACCCGGGUGGGCUCCUACGCCAGCCAGGCUCGCUCACUGCCCUUCCCAGAGCGGCGCCAUCGCCUCUCCUUCCAAUGUUCCAGCAUGUCCUGCCGCUUCAACGCUUUCUCGAUCCCUUUGUCACGAGCGUCUCGGUACGCCACCAAACAUGUGUAUUUGCUGAUUCAAAAACGUGUGUGUGUGUGUGUGUGUGUGUGUGUGUGUGUAUGUGUGGGGGGGUCUUUUAUUAAACUACUACACUUGAGAUUCUUGAACCAUUGUUUCCGGCCUUCUGUUUGCUGUUGUCCCUGCUGCUGAACUAUUUGCGCACCGUGCUGGACGAGUUGUUAUAUUUGCAGUGCUUCAUUAUCACUUUUGACCAUUGCUUGUACCCAAAGCCAAUGUUAAAGUAGUUAAUGCUUGAAUGUAUUCUUCUAAAGCCAUCAAUUAAGGUUUGUGUGAGUUUUAUUAAUUGCUGUCCAACAAAACACAAAGUUUUUCAGGGUUUUGGUAAGGGUUUUGUGUCCCUGUCGUAUCAAUAUGCUUAAAUGCUGUUCCUAUUCGAUUCAAAAUUAAAUGUAUGAUAACAUUUAAUAAAUACGUCCCAUUCUUAAUAAAUCUCCUGUAAUCAAUGGUGAAAUGU